AUGCAUUUUAAACACAGAACGGAGGCUGCCUGUCCGCAUUAUCUCAAAGUCUGUUGUGGCUUGGAUAAAAUUAAAACAGACGGUAAACCAAAUAUCAUACGAAGAGUUAGUAAUAACGAGUCCAGCCAAGAAUUGGAUUCUAAGGACGACUCCAACGACAGAAGUGCUGAAGUUGACUUUGAGAAAUGCGGUUGGAACAAUCCAGCGCUUUACGUAUUUCAACCAAAAAGAAACAAUUCUGAUUCUGAACCGUACUACGCAAAUUAUGGGGAAUUUCCUUGGAUGAUAGCUGUCGUAAGGAGGUCCAAUGAUACUGAUCUUUGGGCAAGAAAAAAUUACGUUGGCGGUGGGACUCUCAUACAUCCGAAAGUAGUUCUGACUGCGGCACAUAUAGUUCAGAAUAAGAACCCCGAUGACCUGAAAUGUCGAGCUGGCGAAUGGGACACUGAAGUAACCUUCGAAAUAUUUCCGCAUCAAGAGAGAAAUGUGAAAAAAAUUAUCAUCCACCCAGAGUACUAUAGACCAUCUCUAUACAACGAUAUGGGACUUCUGUUCUUGGAAGAAUCAUUUGAACUGCAUUUCGCUCCACACAUAGGUCUGGCUUGCGUUGGGAAUAGCCUCCCACCUCCCGGCACUAUUUGCUACGGAAUGGGCUGGGGCAGGAAAAUCGACAAGAAGUACGCGAUAAUUCUUAAAAAAAUGCGACUUCCGUUGGUAGAAAGGCAGGAGUGUGAAGGUCUUCUACAGAGCAUACGUUUGGGUCCGUUUUUUCAACUGCACGAUUCACUGACAUGCGCCGGUGGGGAAGAUCGUAUGGAUAUGUGCAAAGGAGACGGAGGUUCAUCAUUAGUAUGCCCUAUUCAGACCUAUGAUAGAAAUGUCAGAUACGCUAUGUUUGGAAUGGUAGCAUACGGUCUGGGUUGUCACUCAAGGAAAAUUCCCGGAGUUUUCGUGAACGUGCCGAAUCUGAAAUCAUGGUUGGACAGCACUAUGGAGUCUGAGGGAUACGCAAAAGAUACAUACACUUACUAA